UUUGGCCUACGUCAAGAUGGCAGCCUCCAUCUCGUGUUCGUUGCUGAGACGCCUUCCUAGGAUUUCUCCCUUCAAAGGUGCCUACGGAGUUGAGGUUCCCCUCCAGACUCUUUGCUCCAAAGCCCUCCCUGGGGAAGAUUCUCCCAUAACCCCUUAUAAGAAUGAACCCUGGAAAUAUCUGGACUCAGAAGAAUACCAGAAUCGCUAUGGUUCUUGCCCUGUAUGGGCUGACUACCGUCGAAACCACAAAGGUGGCAUACCCCCGCAGCGAACUCGAAAGACCUGUAUUCGUAGAGAUAAAGUUGCUGGGAAUCCCUGCCCCAUCUGCCGGGAUCCCAAGCUGCAUGUCGACUUUAGGAAUGUGAAGCUCUUGGAACAAUUUGUCUGCGCCCACACGGGUGUCAUCUUCCAUGCUCCGUACACAGGGGUCUGUAUGAAACAACACAAGAAGUUGACCCAGGCCAUCCAGAAAGCCAGGGAUCAUGGUCUCCUCAGCUACCACAUUCCUCAGGUUGAACCUCGAGACUUGGACUUCAGUACUUCUCAUGGAGCUGUGAGUGCUACUCCACCAGCCCCCACCCUGGUGUCAGGUGACCCCUGGUACCCAUGGUAUAGCUGGAAACAGCCACCAGAGAGAGAGCUAUCCCGCCUUCGACGCCUGUAUCAGAGUCAUCUCCGAGAAGAGAGUGGUCCUCCACCUGAGUCAAUGCCCGAGGUGCCCCUUGCAACCCCAGCUGAAGCCUCCACUGAGCAGGAGAGCCCCCAGAGUGCUCUGUAGGAACUGUAGACUGGGAAGGGAUUAAGAGAUCGUGCCUAAAAAUUGCAUGAUGGGAUUUCACUUUGGAGAGUUGGUUCUGUUUGUGGCCAAUAGCAGGCCCAGGGCCCAGGAAAAGAAAUGAUUGCUGUUGAAGGGAAUAAGUAAAUUUGAGGCUUAGGGAGGGCAGAAAAACCCUGAACCCCAUCCCCUAUAUAUUGUAAAUAGGUAGGCUAAACAUUGUGUUACUGCUUCAGACUUCUGCUAACCUAACUUUUCUGCAAUAAAGCUCUAUAUCCUGUA